AUUUCUGACAUGACAGACGGUGUGCAGCGUGGGCUUGUUUUCUAUUCCACAAUCCUGUUUUGCCCGCCAGCGAAAAGGACAUGUCAUCGCUUUCUGAAUGCUGAUUACUUGUGUGAAUGUGAUAGUUCACUGCAAGGAAAAGUGAUGUCCAUGUACAGAAUUCUUCCUCAAAAACCACCAACUGUCCGCAAUGGUUUUAUCUACAUAGAUAUGGACCGCUAUGUCACAGUGACCAAACGAUCUAAAGGAACGAGUAAAUCAAAAGAUUCAGCAGAGGGGAGACAAGAUGCUGUGAAGAAGGUGAGACGAGAUGGAAAUAAAGAUGAUGAGGAUGACAACGGAGAAGGAGAAGAGGUUGGGGAAAGAAGUGAUGGAGAAGGUGCAUCGGGAACAAAGGGUUUUGAGAUGAAGGAGACGAGAGGAGAUUUGUUCGGAUGCUCCGAUGAGGAGUGUCUCGCUCACUGCAUCAGUGAAGAUGUCAGGAUGGGCAAGGGCAUUGCCAAAAUCUUCAAGGAGAAAUACGGAGGAGUUAAGGAACUCAUGAACCAGGGUGUAAAGCCAGGGGGAGUCGCUGUACUGAAACGAGGAAACCGAUUUAUUUAUUAUCUGGUGACCAAGGAGAAAUACUGGAAUAAGCCGACCUAUGACAGCCUAGCUAGAAGCCUGCGAGCCAUGGCUGAGCACUGUGUUAGGAACAACGUUCAGAGUGUGUCCAUGCCGCGGAUUGGCUGCGGCCUUGAUGGCCUAAGAUGGGACAGAGUCGCGGCAGUAAUCAGGGACACGCUCGGAAGGACCGAUAUCACAGUGACAGUUUAUACACUAUGAUUGCCAAAGUUUAAUUGAAAAGACCCCUGAAGUUAAAGGAAACUUGAUGAGUUAAAGUUUUAUGUUUGUUUUUUGAAGAUGGCAUUUUUUCUUGCUUUUUUUGACAAGAAAAAGUGCAAUGUACUACUCAUAUGCUUGUAUAAUUGUUCUUUUGUUUUCAUGGAAAACCGUGUUAUAUAUUCAUAAGUUGACACUUUAUAAAUAGUUAAGCAAACUUUUAAGUUGUACGAAAGUAAAAAUACAAGAAGAUGGUUUAUAUAAACAUAAAUACUUGUAUCACUGAAAAGUAAUUGAUUACCAAUAGUUUACUGUUUAUUUUCUUGUUAACAAAGCCAAAGCUAUUUAAAUUUUUAUUUUUUUAAAUCAUAUUCAUGUUUGUUAAUAACACUUUGUUAAUGUGUUUAUAGCUCCAUGGUUUAAUCAUUUAAGCCAAAUCAAACGUCGCGUGUCAUUUGUAUUCCAUUUCUGCAAAAGUUAACUUACUUGUCAAUUAAAGAAAUGUUUACAACUCAUUCACAAGGCUUGCCUUCCAUUUCCAGAUAUUACUGAGAUUUCCACAUAAUAAAGAUGUUUUUCUAUCACAUUUGA